AUGAAGUUCAUCAACAUUCUCGCCCUCUCCCUCCCGGCCGUCUCGGCUUUCCCCCAGGCUCUCCCGCCUGCUGGCAAGGGGAUCCAGAUCCGCGACGAAGAUAGACUCCGACAGCUUGAGGAGUCUCACGCGCAAACCCUUCAGCUUCUGAACACUGGUGUCAUCGAAGCCCGUGGAGGUGACCUGUCCAAGCGCCAGGCUGCUGUCGCAGCCAAGGCGGUUCGCGGCCUUGCUGGUCUCUUCCUGGUUCCCCUCUCCAAGAUGGAGAACAAGAUCAUCAGCGGAAUCGCCGAUAAGACCCUUGAUGCUCUUGGUGAUGAUGGCCAGGAUAUCAUCUGGCACAACCACGGCCGCUGCCGCACCUACUUUGAUACCCAGGGUGGUGGUAACUGUGAGACCCGCACCUAUGACCGCGGCUCUAAGGACAGAACCGCUACCCACAAGGAUGACAACUGCUCUUGGAUUGACCCUCCCAACAACGACCCUCCCGUUGUCUACUACGAGGGCGACCAGGGUAUUGGAACUUACAGCAUUCAAUACACUGCCACCAAGGAGCACGCCUGGGGUGGUAUCCCCGGUACCAAGACCUGCGAGGUGCAGGGACUUUGCAACCCCCAAUACGUCUUCUACCGCGACGGCUACAACAUUGUUCUCAACACCUGGGAAUCCCAAGGCGAGAUCUCCUACUGCCAGUACUCUGCUGGUGAGAACUGCCGUGGCCUGUGCUCUUCUGGAGUCAAGGAUCAGUUCGCGUCUGGUGGCAUGCGAUGGGGAGGUGACUGCGCCAUCCCCUGUGCUGACGAGGCUGGUCUUCCUGAUUUCUAG